AUGUUAACAAAACUUUCUACUUUAGUUCUGGUCUUUUCAGUCGGUUCAAUUGCUGCAAUUCAACCACUUGCCAAUGAUUCACCUCAAACUCAAUACGUUGCCAUUUUUGAUGGAAAACUUGAAGGAAAUGUAACUUUCACAGGCUUAAAUAACGGUUCAAUCGAGGUCGGUGUUGACUUGGAUGGGUUUCCAUCAGAAGGCGGUCCAUUUAUGUACCAUGUUCAUGAAGCGCCAGUACCAUCAGAUGGAAACUGUACCGGUACAAAGGGUCAUUUGAAUCCAUACGGCGGUAAUAUUAAAUCAAACAACACCGAUGAAAAGGAGAUCGGAGAUUUAAGUGGUAGAUAUGGUACUUUAGAAGGUACCACCAAGAUCAGUUAUGUUGAUCAAUAUUUAUCAUUAAACCCAGAUUCUGAAGCUUACAUUGGUAAUUUAUCCGUGGUUGUCCAUUUAGCUGACAACGUUAGAUAUGCCUGUGCCAACAUCAGUAAAGUUGAUUCAGAUAAGGAUGGAAGCUCCGGUAACAACUCCAAUGGUUCAGUUCCUGAUUAUGGUUCAGAUUCAGGCAGAAUUAGUUUGACUGGAAUCUCUUUAGUUUGUGGUGUUGCAGCUGCUUUACUUAUUUAA